AUGUCGGUCUACGAGGGCGUUUGGUACAACCACGCUGCCCAAGAGCUCGUUCUCACCCUCCGUCCUGCAGUGGCGGGUUUCCUCGAAGCCGCCCUCGUCACGUUCGUCCACCUCGUUGCUGCUGCAACAUGGCCGAUCUGGAGAUUCAUCCUCUACUCCAUUCGUCAGAACUCCACACAGGAUGUCUUCCACGCACAACGGCAAGUCGCAAUACGGAAUAGCAACACCGCUGCCAAUGCAGCCGGCCAGAUGCUCAAGAUGAUGUUCGGAUGGAGGAAGUACAAAGUGCAUUCCUUCGCAAGGAACUUCAUCUACUUGGUCGUCUGCGUCGCUGUCUUCAUCCUCUGGACCAUCUGCGGACUGUACGCGCCAUACAUCUACACACGCACCUCACCCGACGUGCUCCUGGCUGGGUCGGAGCUCUGCGGAUGGCCUUCGACUCCUGGUGGUGCUACCGGAGAAUCGCUCGAGAUGUUCACCCUCAACGAAGCCGCCAUGGUCGACGGAAUGCGAGCUGCAGACGCGUACGUCCAACAAUGCUACGGCAAGAAUGGCUCCGACGUCGCUACCAAGUGCAACGCCUAUCCUCACCGGUCGCUCAAUUUUACAACGUCGGAUGGAGAAUGUCCCUUCGGUAACAACGGGGAGGUGUGCGUAUCUGUCAAUUCGACGGUCAUGAGGGUUGAUACUGGGUAUUUGGACUCGAGCCGGGACUUUGGUGUCAACCUCGGGCACGAGAACACGAUACAGUACCGCAAAGUAUCGACAUGCUCGCCCAUUCAUACGGCUGGCUUUGUCAAUAUCAUCAACACCACUGGAACCCCUUUGGCAGCAGACUACCUGCCGGGCGCGGUCCUGCUCCAAUAUAUGUACGGGCCACAGUUUGACUAUAACUUCACGUAUGAGUACAACUACCAGCAACUGUUCUAUCCAAUUGGCUACACCGUGGCCGUGGCCGACUACAUUCCGGGUAAUAGCACCGUACACGAUGGAUGGGUCGCGAACUCCACACUCUACAACCAGACCGAUGGGGACGUCUCCCUCGUCUUCAUGGCGGGCAACCAAAUCAAGUACCCUGCACCGGUCUACGACCCCUUCUACGCUGCUGGACUCGACCCUGCGGAUGCGGUGCAGAUUCCCUAUCAAGACACAAACGUCACAUACUACACCACCACCCGUGCCGUCUCCGUCAUCGCUUGCAAAGAGCAGCACCAGUUCUGCUUGGCCGGCUCGACGGAAAACUGUUCACCCCUGGGCGGCAUUGGGAACAUCCUCGACAAAGUCGACAAACUCCCCGGAGCCAAUAUGCCCCAAAUCGCAACAGCAGGCCGCAUAGGCUACGCUCUGGCUACGACUUCCAUCGCCGCUGUGCUGACCGACCUGGGUCCUUCUGCGCUCCUCGUCUCUCGCACACUUAACGGGCUGCAGCAACUCGCCAGCCUCCCGAUCGAUCAGUGGCGGGCGGAGGUCAGUAACUGGCAUUCUAUCGCUUUUGCCAGAAUGCAAGCUAUUGUGCUCUCCUAUGCUGCGGGUCCAGAGAAAGCGGCGUUCAAUCAGUACGUGCAAAAGCCUGGUCCGGCUCUGCAGAAAUGGGCUUGCAAGACUCAGCGAGUGCGUGACUCUCACGGAUACAUCAACUUCGACAUGGCCGGUCUGAUCGUCCUGGUCGUUGUUGGCGCCGGUCUAGUCGUCCUGGGCUUCGUCUUCGAGAGCCUCGUCGGCCUCGUGUCAAAACUCGGCCGAAGACUAGGCGAUCGCCGCCACAAGUGGUUGGCUGAGGGACUAUAUCACUUGCACAAGGAGACUUUGCAAGCGCGUGGAGUGCGUGAGUGGCAGGACACUGAUCAAGUGAUGCCCAAAUCGCAUUGGUCGAUGGAACCGGCAGCGGCGAUGGAUGAUCCCAAUCAGGCUGUGUCGUUUUUGCAUGUGCCGAUGAAGGUUUCGACGCCGUAG